AAAGAGAACAAUUUAUUUGAAACGCAGGUGUAUACUGAUAGCACAACAUAGAACAUAAAGUAAGUUCGUUUAACUUGGAACAAUAGGUUCUUGUGAAAUAAUAAUAAGAAGAAAUGUAUCAGACAGUUUUGAGGCGCCGGCAAAACGUGUUUUUCGUUUAUAAAAAAGAGAAUAGUGGAAAAACCUAUUUUUGAAAUGAUAUUAGUUGUGUUUCAAAGUUUUGCAAAUCAAAUUGUAUGAACACCACCUUAGUUUAGUCUUACAUGUGUGUACAAUAUUGUAUUCAACCCAUGCCUGCUUCUUUGUUAUGAACUCUUUACACUUCGUUGCCCGGUGAGGUUAAGCUCCAGUAGUAAUGUUCUCUGCAUUGUCCAGUACCGAUAUAUUACUAGUUAUAUAGAGGGAUAUACGCAAACCGGGAAAGGUUGAUAGGAAAUACGUAUUACUUUACAGUUAUUGUUAAUACUGUGACGUGAUGUAGGCGGUGCACUGCCAUCAGAAUGAUUAAAACCAGAUGAAAUAAAUAAUUAACUUAAUUUUUAUUAGCAAAAAUACAGCCAAUUUAUUUAAAGUACUUUGUAACACUGGUAUACCGUUCUGCAUUAGUAAUGAAAUAUGACAAUCUGGAUAAAAAAGAAAGUGUUAUUGUAUGUCAUUAUCUGGUCCGUGUUGGUGUACAUUUGUUGCAUAUUCGUUCUACCUUUCAUGACGCGACGUUUCUGGCACAGUUCAGUACGGAGCCCAAUUGUACCAGUCAAAUAUAAUGAAGAGGACAACACGGUUGAAAAAGAAAUUGCCUUUCAAAUACAAACAAUAUUUAAAAAAUUGACCAAAUUAAAUGAGGUGCCAGAUACCCAAGAAAACACACUUAUUCAAGAUUUAGAACGUAAUUUCAAGUUUCCCAUGAAAUCAAUGCAAUUACCGGAACGAAAUGUGGAAGUUAAAAAUAUUUCAAAAGAGUACAGGAGCAAACCAAUUUUGGAAUCACUUCGGAAAAACAUUGUAAUUCAAUACCCCACGGCGGGCGCACCUUUCUUUACUGGUGACUUAAAAAUUCCUUGGAAAAUUUCUUCAACCCUUCUCGUCCCAUGGAAGGUUAUGCAGAACAUUGGAGAAGUCAAUCCUGACAAUAACGGCUGUUUUAGUCCACCAGAUCCACGAGAGCAUUGGGCUAUGAUUACGAUGGUCAAAUCGUGGACCGUCAACGCCGUCAACAGACAAGCAAUACGAGAGACCUGGGGGUCAAUCACUAGAAUCGAGGGAGUAAAUCUAGAAAUGUGUUUUUUGUUAGCACGACCAAAGAAUGCAGCACUACAAGGAGAAUUAAAAAAAGAAAAUGAAAAAUACGGCGAUAUUCUGCAGAUCGAUAUCGAGGAAACCACCGAUCAUUUCACUGCAAGAUCAGUAGCCGGAAUGAAUUGGAUUGUAAAGAACAUUCCAGCAAACUUUUUGUUUUCAUCAUGUGACGAUAAUAUGGUUCUAAACUUGGAUAACUUUAUUAUGUCAAUAACUGAAACUGUAAAACGCCAGAAGCCAGCUUCAAAAGCAUGUAUGAUUUCGGAUGUGUUUCCCUUUAUUUGCGUGUUCAGUUUUCGUCGCUCUGACCCUCCUUCUAGGGACGUAAACAAUCCGUGGAGCAUAACAAGUGAACUAUACCCACCCGAUGUUCUGCCCGCUCAUUGCCAAGGCGGAUUUUACACAACAUCCGUUUCAACAAUUCGAUUAAUUAUUGCCAAAGCAACUGUGACUAGAGUAAUGGCAUUGGAUGCUGUAUGGUUAACUGGCAUACUACGCCAAAAAGCUGGAAUGGAUGCCAACUCAGUCAAUGCGGCCCAUGCAAUUGAUUAUCCAGGCGAGCUAGUCAGAUAUGUUGAAAAAGAUAUACCAAGUGCAAUGAGGAAAUACUGGGAAGGAUUUUCCAAGAAAAAAAUUGUUAAUCAAAAAAAUGUUUAUGUUCGUUUGAAGUAGUGUGUAAACUAUUUAAAGAUAUUUAUUUUGUUUUAUAUGUUGAUCGUUAGUACCGCAAUGUUAUUCACUUGUUUUAACUGUUUAGACUAAUCAUAUAUCCUCAAUACAGAUCUAUGCUCAGUUUCA